AUGCGUGGUGAACGGAGGUCCGGCGAUGGACUUUUGGUGGUGAUGGUGCAGCUGGUGGUCGACUGGUUUAAGCUCCUAAGGUUUUUCUAUGGCUGCUUCUUGGUAUGUGAAGAAGAUGGUGGUGUUUGGUUUUUCUUGGUUCCAGAUGCAAUGGUCCUAGCCUUUUUCAAUGGUCAGCAAUUGCCAAAGUGUGUUACACACACUAAUCCGAUACUUUUACCAAAGAAAAAGGAGGUGAAUACUUUCUCUGAUUUGCGACCAAUUAGUCUCAGUAACUUCAUUAACAAAAUAUUUUCGAGGGUGAUUCAUGAAAGAUUGGUGGAGCUAUUGCCUAAUUUGAUCUCAGAGGAACAAUCAGGCUUUGUGAAGGGAAGGAGUAUAGUUUAA